UUAUUUUCCAACAAAGUAGUUUACUUUCUGCAAAUGGACGAAAGUUUCAGUCAGUGGCGCGAUUCGUCUUGCAUUACAAAAGAUAAGUCUUUUGUUAUUUCGGAUAGCGACGAAGAUAUUAACGAAAAUAAUGAGAAACAGCAGAUUUUUGUGAUUGAAAGUAGUGAAAGUAGUGGAAAUGUUUCUGCAAAUUUAACACCGGAAAAGUUAAGACUUUCUUCAUCCGGAAAAUUAUCAUUGACGGAGAAAGCGAUCAAGCAUAAAAUUAGGAAGCAUAUUUCAUAUUAUUCUGACAAGGAAUAUACCAAUAAUCAUAAUGAAAAUAAUUUUGUUUUAUCUAGUGAUACUGAUGAUGAUGUGUCAGCUGUUGAUGACGAUGAUGAUGAUAAUAAUGAUGCUGAACAAGUAGUGGAAAACAAUUACAAAAUAAAGAAGGAUAAAGGAGUAGAAAGUGUUUCAAAGCAAAAAGAACAAAAUGUAGAAGCCAAGGUUUCUAAUACAUCUGAAGGUAUAUGCAGCGAUAACAAUAUGAUUGAAGGAUAUGUCUCAGAAGAAAGUGCAAAAGACCGAAAUUCGGGUCUUUCAACGGAUUCAGAUUGUCAGAUAGAUGAUGAAAAUAAUUUGCAAUCUGAAACUGCAAUGUCUUUAGCAAAACGAGAAAUUGGUCCUGGUAAUACAGAUCCAUUGGCUGCACAAAAAAGAGCUCUUCUUGUUUGUAAAAUGGACCAGUUACAAAAUCAGUUAAGCAAGACAAAGCUAUUGUACACUUCUGGUAAUAUUAGUUUAUUACCAGAUAAAGGACAAAAAUUAUGUGAAAGUAUUGCAAUGCAAGAAAGAGAAAUAGAAGCAAUUGAACUUGAACUGAAAAAUACACCUUUAACGCAAAUUAUUAAAGCUGAACCACAAUGUAUGAAGCAAGAAAUAUCAUCCAUCAAGGAAGAAUUUACUACUCAGAAAGACUCAUAUUCUGAUAAAUUUGAUUCUUAUUAUGAUCCAGAUAAUAUAUUGACAAAACCAAAAAUAUCCUCAGAAGAUAAAGAACUUGGAAAAAUAGCUCAGGCAACGUUAGAUAAAGAAUUAGCUUUGACAAUUGAUAGAUUGCAAGAUUUGCACGGAUCUCUUGUUGCUAGACCAACUGAGGAGGAGAGGGCAGAAGAUCCACAAGGCUUGAGAGUAAAAUUAAUGCCACAUCAGCAACAUGCAUUGGCGUGGUUGAUAUGGAGAGAGCAACAAAGACCUCCUGGUGGUGUUCUCGCUGAUGAUAUGGGUUUGGGUAAAACUUUAACAAUGAUAUCCUUGAUUAUAGCCAGUAUUGCUAAAAGAAAGUUACAAGAAACAGAAACAUGCGAUGACGAGAAAUGGAUGGACCAUAAUGUACCGUUACGACAUAAAGGAGGUACGCUUGUAGUUUGUCCCGCGUCUUUGUUAUCACAAUGGGAAAAUGAAAUAAAGCACAAAUGUAAACGUGGUAUGCUCUCCGUUGAAAUUUAUCAUGGUACAAAUCGGGAAAAUGUGCCAAAAAGAUUAGCAAAAAACAAUGUAGUUAUUACAACAUAUAACAUACUCACGCGUGAAUUUAAAACCAUGUCCAUGGUAUAUCGAAUUUAUUGGGAACGCAUUAUACUCGAUGAAGCACAUAUAAUUCGAAAUCAUAAAAGUCAGGCAUCUGAAGCGGUGUGUGGCCUUGUAGCGAGUAAACGGUGGGCUCUCACUGGAACACCUAUUCAAAAUAAGGAAAUGGAUUUAUAUUCUAUUUUGAAAUUCCUUCAGUGUUCUCCGUUCAAUGACCUACGAGUAUGGAAACGUUGGGUAGAUAACAAAAAUGCAGCCGGUCGUCAGCGAUUGGUAACUGUGAUGAAAACAUUAAUGUUACGUAGAACAAAACAGGAACUUCAAGCUAAUGGCGAAUUAGAAAGUCUUCCAGAAAAAUUUGUGGAAGUGAUACUUGUAAAGCUCGAUCCGCAGGAACAGUUGGUGUAUGAGAAAGUGUUGAUUUAUUCUCGUACACUAUUUGCUCAGUUCUUGGCUCAAAGAUCUGAGAAAGAUCAUAUGGUCGAUUUAGCUGUUGGAAAAUACGAUAAACCAACGUUUCUUUCGAAUCCAAAUAAAAAUACUCAGUUCACAAAGGCGCAAAACAAAUUGUUGUCGUUACAUGCUGACGUCAAAACACACGAAAUUUUGGUUCUUCUACUGAGAUUACGUCAAAUUUGUGUUCACCCGUCGCUUAUUAAUUCAAUGCUAGAUCAGGAAUAUAUGAAGGAAAGUGGAAUAACGGAGACAGAAAAUUUCGAUCCGGAUUUAUUAUCCCAAAUAAAUAAUAUAACGUUGCAAGACUCGGAUGAUAAAGCUGAAAUAAGUACAGACAUAGGGGUUGAUCACAGAGUAGUUAGCAAUCUAUUGACCUCUAAGAAUCCUGUGUUUAUGGCCGAUCGCCCAAGUUCUAAGAUAAAGAUGGUGCUUAAUAAGGUCGAGGAAAUUCUGCAAAAAAAUGAUAAAAUGAUUAUUGUUUCUCAAUGGACAGGUCUGCUGAAUAUUAUCGCAUUUUGUUUAUCUUCAAUAAAAGGCGCCAGUUUUAAUAUGUUUACAGGCAAUGUACCUAUCAAGGAAAGACAGGGUAUAAUGGAUUCGUUCAACACUCCAAACAGCGAUCCGAAAAUACUAUUGCUUUCGCUUACUGCUGGAGGUGUUGGGUUAAACCUAGUAGGUGGAAAUCAUUUGUUGUUAAUAGACAUUCAUUGGAAUCCACAAUUAGAAGUGCAGGCGCAAGAUAGGAUUUAUCGUUUCGGACAGCGAAAAAAUGUCUUCAUAUACAAAUUUAUAUGCGAGGACACGAUAGAAGAGCGUAUAAAACAUUUGCAAGAUAAGAAAUUGGAAAUAGCUCAAAAUGUGCUCAGUGGUGAUAAGAACUUGGCUACUUCGAAACUCACGCUCAAUGACCUUAAGUCUCUGUUUGCUCUUUAAAGUUUAAGUCUUUUUUUUUAUAC